CGAACUUUCUAUUUCCAAGGAGUAUAUUUGAUUUGCUAGGGUGAACUUUUAUUAAUUCCUAUAAACGCUGUUAUAAGCCGCUAUUGACGCUAUUAACCUUAAAAACGCAAGUAGUUGUGCGUGUUGAUAAUUUCUUUCAAGAGGGAAAAGAUUUUAGAAAGAAACAAUUUGUUUUUCGUGGAAGAUAGUAAAAAUUUGUGACAACGUUCUUUAAACAAACUCUUAAAUUUUAGGCUGAUACAAUAAAAAAUGUUAGAAAUAACAUGUAACGAUCGUCUUGGCAAGAAGGUCAGAGUGAAAUGCAAUCCAGAUGAUACCGUAGGUGAUUUAAAAAAAUUGAUAGCUGCACAGACUGGAACACACUGGGAGAAGAUAGUGUUGAAGAAAUGGUAUACCAUUUUCAAGGACCAUAUAAAGCUGCAAGAUUAUGAAGUGCACGAUGGCAUGAACUUAGAACUCUACUAUCAAUAAUUCUAUGUAAGAUGAAAUCCAUGGGUAAACAUUCUAAAUGAUAAUAUGUUGUAAUUACUAAAUAUCUUGUUUUUGUUUUUUUAUAACAGACACCUUGAUAUAAUGAUCUAUUGAUAUAACACCUUGAUAUAACAACACAUAGUAAAAGAUUAUAUAUAAAAAUUAUCACACAAAUGUUAAAAAGAAAAAUGUAUAUAUAAUUUCUCUAUUAUAUGUCAUUUCAUAAAUAUUACUGUAUUCAAAAAUCCCUAAUUGUAUCUACAAAUUUAUAAUUUCUAUGCUAUGUGCAACAAUAUAUCUCAUUUGAUAUUAGUGCUCUCUGUAUAUAAGUUAAUAUACAGGAUGUAGCUCAAAAAAUAUAGUAAAGCUGCUAUAGAACAUGUAGGCCGUACUAAAAGAACAAGAAAGAUUUAAAAGGGGUUGCUUCACCUUUUUGUGGCAUGUAUACAGUCUUAUUGAAUAUAACUUGCUUAUGCAACUUUGGUAAAUUUGAGUCACAUCCUUCUAUGCUCGUAUAGUUAUAUAUACAUAUCAUACAUAUAUAUACAUAUAUAUGUAUAUGUACAUAUAUAUACAUGUAUGUAUAUAUAAGAGCUUUUAGUUAUAUGGUAAUCGAAUGAUUAUCACUUGGAUAUCACUGCAAGAUGCAAAUGCUACAAAUAUUGAAACACAAGGCAGCAAUGCCUUCUAAAACAUUGAUCUCAAAAUUUUUUAGUUAUAUAAUAGGGAUAAUUAAAAAUAAAUCGCGCGUUGAAAUUAUACAAAGCAUAGACUCGUCGGGCCACUCUAAAGCGUGCUAAAAUCUCGAACGUUAAUGCGGUCUCUUGAACAAUCCUUCUAUCUUGCCUAUUGGACUUUCAGGUGCCGCCAUUUCCCUACCCCGGUUGCUUAAGAAGUCUCUUAUGUGCUGCACUAUCAGAUCUAUCGCCACUGCAACAGAUCACGAAACGUCAGUGUGCGAUCGCGAAUUAGAUAUACAUCGUAUAUACACUGGGGGGUAAAUAAAUUCCUUUAUUUAUGUAUAAUAUUAUUAUACAUCUGGAAACAAUAUCAAAUCGCCUGUAAAUAUCCGGAGUUAAUUAUAGUGUAUUAAUCGUAAAAAUUAAUUAUUCUAAUUAUAUCUUGGGUAACAAUUGUAAUCGCAUAAUGAUUACGUGCAAUUUAUAUUAUGCGUAAGACACUUGUGUUCAUAUGCUGACUCGCAAGUACAAAGAGAGAAAGGGAGGAAAUAUUUGUUGCCUUUUUUCCAUUAUAUAUUGUGAGUACACAGGGUGUCCCAGAACUAGCACACUCUUUGUUGACUACAGAUAUAAAAUGGAGAAUAGAGAUUGAGAAAAUAGAUAUUAUCUCAAAAUCAGGAACUCAUCAGUAUUUAAUACAUAUGUAUCGAUAAGAAUAAAAGAUAAUUGAGAGAUUA